UCGGGCGGGGCGAAUACAGUCGGACGCCAGUUGGAGGAGACCCCGCGGGAAACGACCUAGCGCGAGGAGCGUGCGCGCUCCCGUCGCAGCGACGGUGGCGGCGAGCGGCGUCAGAGCUUGAGGGGGGGGUUGACGGCUGCUGGCGGGUGGCGGUGUCGGAGGCGAGAGCUUGAUUAGCCAGUGUCGCUUCUGUCCCAAGAACCGGACGGAGAGUGAGGGCACGAGGGUCGCUUUCGGGGGCUGCCGUCUUGCACGAACACGUCGUCGUGAGGAGCGCAGCCCGGACUCCGGCAACCCCUCCGGCUCCCUUUCCGCCCACUUCGAGGCGGCGGCGGCCACCGAGACAACAUCGCACCGUCCCCCACCCCUUCCCCUCAUCCCCCCGCCCGAAAGGGCCUAGUCUGCGCCCCACCCCCGCCCGCCCGCUACGCCGCCGCCAUGUCGGCGCAGGCCCAGAUGCGCGCGAUGCUGGACCAGUUGAUGGGCACCUCCCGGGACGGAGAUACUACUCGUCAGCGAAUCAAAUUCAGUGAUGACAGAGUAUGCAAGAGUCAUCUUCUCAACUGUUGCCCCCAUGAUGUCCUUUCUGGAACUAGAAUGGAUCUUGGAGAAUGCCUGAAAGUCCAUGACCUGGCUUUAAGAGCAGAUUAUGAAAUUGCAUCUAAAGAACAAGACUUUUUCUUUGAACUUGAUGCCAUGGAUCAUCUGCAGUCAUUCAUUGCAGAUUGUGAUCGAAGAACAGAAGUGGCUAAGAAAAGAUUAGCAGAAACUCAAGAAGAGAUUAGUGCUGAAGUGGCAGCAAAGGCAGAACGCGUUCAUGAGUUAAAUGAAGAAAUUGGUAAAUUGUUAGCCAAGGUAGAACAAUUAGGAGCUGAAGGAAAUGUGGAAGAAUCCCAAAAAGUAAUGGAUGAAGUAGAGAAAGCACGGGCAAAGAAAAGAGAAGCAGAGGAAGUUUAUCGGAAUUCUAUGCCAGCUUCCAGUUUCCAACAGCAGAAACUUAGAGUCUGUGAAGUCUGCUCUGCCUAUUUAGGUCUUCAUGAUAAUGACAGACGACUGGCUGAUCAUUUUGGGGGUAAACUGCACCUGGGAUUUAUUGAAAUAAGAGAGAAGCUUGAAGAAUUAAAGAGAGUUGUAGCUGAGAAGCAGGAGAAAAGAAACCAGGAACGCCUGAAACGAAGAGAAGAGAGAGAGAGAGAAGAAAGGGAGAAGCUGAGGAGGUCUCGAUCACAUAGCAAGAAUCCCAAAAGGUCCAGGUCCAGAGAGCAUCGCAGACAUCGGUCUCGCUCCAUGUCACGGGAACGCAAGAGGCGAACUCGGUCUAAAUCUCGGGAGAAACGCCAUCGCCACAGGUCCCGCUCCAGCAGCCGCAGCCGCAGCCGCAGCCACCAGAGAAGUCGGCACAGUUCUAGAGACAGGAGCAGAGAACGAUCCAAGAGGAGAUCCUCAAAAGAAAGAUUCAGAGACCAAGACUUAGCCUCACGUGACAGAGACAGGAGUUCAAGAGACAGAUCACCUCGUGACAGAGAUCGAAAAGAUAAGAAGCGGUCCUAUGAGAGUGCUAAUGGCAGAUCAGAAGACAGGAGGAGCUCUGAAGAGCGCGAAGCAGGGGAGAUCUAAUUAGCUGUGUACAUAUCUUCAAUCCUUAAGCUUCCUAUGGAGUUACAUACUAUUGUUUAGUGUACAGCUGUUCAGGGUGGCACAGUGAGCAGUUCCAGACACCGACCCAGCUAGUCUAGAUGUACAGUACCUACCUUGAUCUGAACUGAACCUGUUUUCGUUGAUGAAGCCUAAAACUAUAUCCAUAGUUUCUGUUGAACCUGUAAUACAAUUCUGAAAGUACAGUUUUAUAUAAUAAGAUGCUGAUCUCUUUAUUCUUUCAAGUAGGAGUGAUAGUGAACAAAUUGUGUUACCUGCCUUGGGAUUUUUUGAACAUUUGUAAAAUGCUGUCUUCCUUUCUAGUCCAAACAACAGCAGCUUUGGUAAUUUUUCUUUUUAAUUCUUCUUUCUCUGACUUUUGUAUCCCCUAAUACCUGCACCCUCUAAUUAUAAUACAAGGGGGGGCAGGGAAGCAGUAUAACUUCUUUUCUAAGGUUCUAUUCCCAUUAUUAAUUACUAGCUGAUUACAGUUCAGAGCAUUUAUAAUGGAAUGCGUGCUGGAGAAAUUUAAAAUACUAGGAGUUUCUUUUGUUUGUUUAACGGUGCCUAUUUAGAGUUGGAAGUUGAACAGCUGUUGCAUUAUAUACUUUUGCUUUUUUAUUGAAAUUUUGAAAUCAAACUUGUCUUGAUUUUUCUGUUCUAUUGAAUUGCUAUGUUCAGGAUGUUCUGAGGGGGGUGGGGGCAGGGACUCUUUCGUAAUAAGCACUUGUUUUGUGUGUGGAGUGUAAAGCUACACCCUUAUUGUAAAAAAUAAUAAUAAUAAUAAAGUGAAAGAAACAAUCACCACCACCAUCAUUAAACUGUAACUUGUCUAGUAAAUUGUCAUUAGAACUGUUUGCUACGGGCAUUUCCUCUAUUCUGUUACAUCAUUAAGAGUGCCUUAUUCUGCAAGGCACCAAUGGAAAUAGAUACUUGCAAAGAUUCCAGAUGAACUGUUGCUCCACCAGGGCCCCUUGCUGACUGUAUUUUAGCUACUUCAGGGCUGUCUGUAAUAACCGAUACAGAGAAGGACUGGACUGACAGAAGAAAUUGGGGUGUUUUUUUUUUUUGUUUUUCUUUUUCAAUAAACCUAAAUAAAAAAACAGUGAAUGUAA